UCAGGACCGUCAUCCCCAAGAGGAGCAGGCGCUGCCCGCUCGCGGCUCCGCGGAGAGAGAUGGUGGCGCGGGAUGUCCUCAGGGGCACUGUCACAUUUUUACCUUUGGAAGAAGAUGACCAAGGCAGUUUGAAGGUUCAGAUGAGCAACGUGUAUCAGAUUCAGCUCCGCCAUGGCCGCGAAGAAUGGUUCAUAUCUGUUUUGAUUUUCUGUCCAGAAAGAUGGCAAUCGGAUGGGACUGUGUAUCCCAAACCUGCCUGGCUUGGGCGCGAGCUGCCGGCCAGGCUGGCCCGGUGGUCUGUGGCGAGCGGGAGCAGUGGCUUCAAAAGCACCCUGUCCCUCCUCCCCAUCCUCAAGUACAGCCACACCUACCAGGAGCUCAAAGACAAGUACAAGCACAUGGUCCAGGUGUGGCCUGAAGUGACUGAUCCUGAGAAGUUCGUGUAUGAAGACGUGGCUAUUGCUGCCUACCUGCUGGUAAGGACGCACCUGACCAAGCGGACGCGGCGUGGGGGAGGGGCCUGGCAGGGGCUGCCAGACCCCCGCUGUGGUCCCGGAAACUUAACCUGCGUUUUCUGACACUCUCAGCAUCCAGGCAGAGGGGUUGAUGUCCGAAGAAGGAAGAUCUGGGACGUGUAUGGGCCGCAGACGCACUUAGAGGAAGCUGCCAUCACCCCGAGUGACGAGACCCUCUUCCCUGACGCUGAUUGGCUAAUCGGGAACCACUCCGAUGAGCUGACCCCGUGGAUCCCUGUCAUCGCGGCCCGGUCCUCCUACCGCUGCCGUUUCUUCGUCCUCCCCUGCUGCUUCUUCGACUUCGUUGGAAGGUACCGCCGGCGGCAGAGUGAGAAGACACAGUACCGGGAGUACCUGGAUUUCAUCCGGGAGGUGGGGUUGGCCUGCGGCUUCCACGUGGAGGAGGACUGCCUGCGGAUCCCUUCCACCAAGCGCGUGUGCCUCCUGGGGAGAUCCAGGACCUACCCGAGCGCCGCAGAAGCCUCCGUGGACCAGCAGAGGACCCAGUACAUCAGCCGCCGCCGGGGCUGCCCUGCAGGCCUCCCUGCCCUGGGGCCUCGCAGUCCUCCUGAUGGUCCCGGAGCCCUGGAGGCUGGGGCUGAGGGACGCUGGCUGCCUGGGUUUCACCCCCGAGACAGAGCUGAGCGCGUGAGGAACUGCACCGCCCUCCCCAGGGAGUUCGUGGACCAGGUGGUUUUGCAAGUGGCAAACCUGUUGUUGGGCGGAGAGCAGUUAAGCCCAGGCAGUCCUCGCGGCGGGAGUCCGCAGACCUGGAACCGAGGAGCGAGCCUUUCCCUGGCGGAGGUCGCGGGCCAGCUGGACCGGGAGACCCUGCAGAGGCUGAAGCGGGAGUGCGGCGGCCUGCAGACGCUGCUGCGGAACAACCACCAGGUUUUCGCAGUUCUGAAUGGGCGAGUGCACUUUCGAGACUGGAGGGAAGAGAAGCUGCAGGAGGAGAAGCAACCGGAAGCCAAGCGCAGGCUGCUGUCCACGGCGUUCAAAACCCGCCUCUGCUGGUUCUUCUCACACCACCCCGAUGGCUGCGCUCUGCCUGCAGACUGCUGCCCCUUCGCCCACGGGCCUGGGGAACUGCGGCCGCCCCCGGCCUCCAAGAGGAAGAAGCAGCUUCUGUGAGCCUCAGGCUCGGGGUCCUGCCCGCUCCUCUGCCCCCAGGGGACCUGCCCCUUCCUCGUGUUGUGGGCCCAGAGGCCCUGCCCGCUCCUCUGCCCCCAGGGGACCUGCCCGCUCCUCUGCCCUGCAGUUCCAGGGCUGGCGGUGCUCAAGCCACUUGCCUUCCGCCUGCCAUCAGCGUUCCGGGGGCAUCACACUCCAGGUACAGAAGCUGGAGAAGCUGAAGGCCCUCGGGCCCCACCCCCACCCAGGUCUGGGCUCCUGUUAAAUGAGGGAGCUGACAGGCAGGCAGCGCCUUUUAUCUGAGUGUGAGGGUCUCCAGCGUCUUGGGGGUCAGGAGACGGAGGAAGUGCUCGAGCCGGCUCUUCGGGCACCGUCCAGCCCGGGGUGCCCGUGUGUGAUGGCAGGGUCACCCGGAAGUGCCCGCUGCCCCCGGAGACCCCUGGGGACCAGCGGCCGGGGAGCCGCCCUCUCCUGCCCUGCCCUGCGGCGUCUUACCAAGUACGGACACUUCUUUUGACUCCAGGGGAAAGUCCUCACGUGUUUCUAUUAAAUUAUUUUUACAGUUUUACACACAA